AAUUUACACUAUUAAUAACUUCGUGUGCCUCGCCCUUCAAUAAACCGCCGCGAGACGUGAAAAAUAGCCCCCUUGAUUGGCUGAAAGGGCAGCUAGCUAUCUGGUGUUCAUUUUACGGUACCGAGGUUUGUUGACAAACAAAGACUGGAGCGCUGAAUCUUUGUCUACAGCAGGUACAACGACCAAGAUAUAAAACGAAUAACAGAAAAAAAUAUCGAAAUGGCGGAAGUGAGAGUGAAAUUCAACGUUGCUAUGGUGAUAGCGUUGAUCAUCGCCGAGAUUUUCAGCUUAAUGUGGUAUACCCAUUACUCUCCUUGGUUCAACCACAUGGGUCAUAGGUACCUGAUCCCCGCUCUCCUGUGUGACUGUAUCAUUGUCUACGUCCUCAAAUAUAUCAAAGAGGCCCAUUGGACCUGCCGAGGUUGGGAAGACAUGGCAGUAUUGAGCUUGUGGGUGGCUCUGUUCUAUGCCGGAUUACAAGGACCGCACUAUGUGUACGAUACCUACAGCGCCUCCUACUUCCUUUAUCACGUCGCUCACAAGUUUAUGUUGUCAUUUAUCAUAUUGUUUGUGCUUCAUAAUUUUAAAAAGUACUAGCAGCCAGCAGGAUAAAUUUAGUCAAAAAUCCACAUCAUUUGUAGAAGGGAUGAAACGUUUGGAUGCCAUGUUUCCAUUAAAUGAUAUUAAUAAAUUGUGUAGAUGCAAA